CCAAAGAUGGCGGCGGUCGCAGCGAGGCGGUGGCUUCGCUUCCGCUGCAAGGUUUGUCUGACCCUGACGGGUCAGCGGGCAGGUCCGUGUGGACAGGUCCCUAAUUGCAGAUUUUAUUCUGGAAGUGCAACCGUCCCAAAGGUUGAAGGACCUAAUGUAACAGGGAUUGAAGAAGUGGUCAUUCCAAAAAAGAAAACUUGGGACAAAGUGGCUGUUCUUCAAGCACUUGCGUCCACAGUGAAUAGGGACACUACGGCUGCCCCUUACGCAUUUCAGGAUGAUCCUUACCUCAUACCAACAUCCUCUUUGGAAUCCCGUUCGUUUUUAUUGGCAAAGAAGUCUGGAGAGAAUGCAGCAAAGUACAUUAUUAAUUCACAUCCCAAAUAUUUUCAGAAGGACAUAGCUGAACCUCAUAUACCGUGUUUAAUGCCCGAGUACUUUGAACCUCAGAUUGAAGAUGUAAGUGAAGCAGCCUUGAGGGAAAGAAUCAAGCUCAAAAAAGUGAAAGCAUCUGUGGACAUGUUUGAUCAACUCUUGCAAGCAGGAACCACUGUAUCUUUGGAAACAAGUAAUAGUCUUUUGGAUUUGUUGUGCUACUAUGGUGACAAGGAGCCCUCAACUGAUUAUCAUUUUCAGCAAAGUGAAAAAUCCGAAGAGUUGGAGGAGGCCGCAGAGGAAAAUAACGAGAAAUCGAAGAAGGCCAAUCAUCAGUUUGGAAACCUAUGGAGGCCAAAAAACAAUGCUGAGAGAAUCUUUGCUCUCAUGCCAGAGAAAAACUCACACUCCUACUGCACAAUGAUCCGAGGAAUGGUGAAGCACCGAGCUCUUGUGCAGGCAUUAAACUUGUACACUGAAUUACUAAACAACAGACUCCAUGCUGAUGUGUACACCUUCAAUGCAUUGAUUGAAGCAACAGCAUUGAGUGCGCGUGAGAAACCGGAGGACAAAUGGAAUAAUAUACUGGAGCUGCUAAAACAAAUGGCCGCUCAGAAGGUGAAACCAAACCUACAGACAUUUAAUACCAUUCUGAAAUGCCUCCGAAGAUUUCAUGCAUUUGGAAAAAUGCCAGCCCUGCAGACCUUUCGUGAAAUGAAAGCCAUCGGAAUAGAACCCUCGCUUGCAACAUACCAUUAUCUUAUUCAGCUGUUUUAUUACCACGAAAACCAUUCAAAAGGAUCAUCCCUCAUAAUCUAUGAUAUUAUGAACGAAUUAACAGGACGGAAAUUUUCCCCAAGGGACCCAGAUGAUGAUAUGUUUUUUCAGUCAGCCAUGAGAGUUUGCUCAUUUCUCAGAGAUCUGGAACUUGCUUAUCAAGUACAUGGCCUUUUAAACACUGGAGACAACUGGAAAUUCAUUGGACCAGAUCAUCGGCGCAAUUUCUAUUAUUCCAAGUUCUUCAGUUUGCUUUGUCUAAUGGAACAAAUUGAUGUCACCUUGAAGUGGUACAAGGACCUGAUACCUUCAGUGUUCUUUCCCCGUUCCCAAACUUUGAUAGAUCUUCUCCAAGCAUUGGAUGUGGCCAACCGGCUAGAAGUGAUUCCUCAAAUUUGGAAAGAUAGUAAAGAAUAUGGUCACACUUUUCACAAUGACCUGAAAGAAGAGAUUCUGAUGCUUAUGGCAAGGGAUCAGCACCCACCAGAGCUUCAGGUGGCGUUUGCAGACUGUGCUGCAGAUAUCAAAUCCACUUACGAGAGCCAGGAUGGCAGACAGGCUGCUCCUGAGUGGCCAGCCAACUCUCUGAACUCUAUUGCUGUCCUCUUUUUAAGGGCUGGGAGAACCCAGGAAGCUUGGAAAAUGUUGGGGCUUUUCAAGAAGCAUAAUAAGAUCCCUGGAAAUAAAUUGCUGAAUGAGUUUAUGGACAGUGCAAAAGCAUCCAGCAGCCCUGCCCAGGCCAUUGAGAUAGUGAAGCUGGCGGGUGCCUUCAGUUUGCCUAUUUGUGAAGACCUUGCCCGGAGAGUGAUGGCUAACUUUGCGAUCAGCCAGGAACAAAAGGAAGCCCUGGGAAAUCUAACCUCACUGACCAGUGAUAGCGACAGUGACAGCGACACCAGUGAAGACAAAUAAAAAUGGGCAAAUCAGGAGAAGCUGUGGCCUGGAAUAGCUGUUAAAAGUACACUUGGCAGUUCUCAUCUCUGUCUAACCAUAUUGUAAAGAAAACAAGAGAAUUCAGCCUUGACCUUUGAAGAACAAUAGAUACAACAUGGACUAAAUUCCUAAUUUGAUACUUCCUAAGCCACCCUUUCAGGGUUGACCAUUUAAACAGAAGCAGCACUACCAUUUUCCUUUCUUUGGACAGGCAGCGUGAGGACACAGCUUCUAGCGUCAGCCUAAGCUCUGCGGACCUACUGUUUGUUCGGCCGACUUCACAUGCUGUCGGGUGUGGUCUGCCCUCCCCUCUCAUGGACUUGGCCUUUGUUGGCUGAUGCUAUGAUGGUGGUACUUCCUCAGUCUUUGAGAAGGUGGCUAAAGGAGACCUGCAAUACACAUCUCUACUGAUACUAGAUUAGUAGCCCAAUUUCAGAGGUAUUAUAGACGUGAGAAAUUUGCCAUUGUUGUUUAAUCAUUUCUAAGUUGCAUAGGGUUUAGGCUGCACAUAUGGGAAAAUGGAGGCUUGUAAUUAAACCCUAGUUAAUGUGCA